AUGCACAAGAAAAUGUUCCACACCAAUUUAGGGGAUGUUCUCCUGUUCCCACAGUGGGUUUUAAAUGGGAAGAAAGAAACCUACUUGACGUGCCUGUUGCUGGUGGUUCUAGGCAUUGCCUACCAAGGCAUAAAGUUCGCUCGUCAACAGUAUGGGCGCAGAUGUCGUAAUCUACACUGCAAGCGGUACAUUUUGAACAAAGGACACUUGCUGCAGACUCUGAUGUACCUGCUUCAGUUCAUCGGAGGAUAUGCUUUAAUGUUGGCAGUAAUGACCUACAACAUAUGGAUCCUUAUUUCUGUCCUUGCGGGUUUCGGGCUGGGCUAUUUGUUCUUCGGAUGGGGGGAGUAUGAGGAACCGAGCGCUGUGCUGCAUUUACCACCAGCGAGGUCAACUUCCCGAUCGUACUUGCAGACGUGUGGUGGGGUCACUCCAUCGAGCAGUGCUACACAAGAGCUUUUGUCUUACAGCAAGUCUGACCAAGAUCUUAACCUAAAGGAUAGCAACACUAAUAGUUUACAUUGUUCGUGCAGUACCAAAGUUUGA